AUGCAAAGCUUGCGCAAGCUGGUCAAUAAACCUCGUGUAGAUGAUUGGAAUCCAUUAGCCAAAUUCUAUUAUGCAGACGAGGCACUGAACGCAGUGGCCAGCGAAUUAGACUCAUUUGAUGGACGUCGUGACCCAGAGCGUUGUAGCCAACUUGUCAACAAGCUGAGGCAAGCACAGGAUCGUCUUUUGCACAUAAUUUCAGAAAUGAUACAGCAAGUAUUUCCUCGUGAAUCAGAUCGUGCCUGUCGUGAUUACCGUUGCCUUACAGCAGGAUCCAAUAUAAUUGAUCAUGAAAUUGAAUCAGAAGCCAUAAGACCAAUGGCUCGUGCACUAACUAAACAUUUGGAUACCUUGCGCGAUUUGCUGAAAGAUCAGUCUCUUAGAGACCCAACACAUUAUAGCGAUAAAGUGAAGAGAAGUUUAAAGCAUUUCGAUCAGCUUUUUGCCGAAUUUGAACUGAAUUACGUAAGUGCAAUGGUUCCAGUUAAAAGUGUAAAAGAGUACGAUUGUCAAUUAGAUAUUGCCGUUUUGUUUUCAGAAACAUUAGAUAGGGCUCUUAGGUUAGGUUAUCUAACGCAGGAUCAGAUUGAUGAUUGCGAUCCUGUUGUAAUGAUUGCUGUUCCACGUUUAGCCAUUGUUUGUGGUCUUCUAUAUUUUCCGGAAGGGGCACUGAAUGUAGAUGCGAAUCCUGAAGUGUUGUCUGACAUGUUCCGCUCAUUUCACAGUCUGUUGGUGAAAAUUCGCGACCUGUUGCGUAUUCUGAACUUGCAUGAAUUACAUCGCGUCGAGAAAGCUCUGUGUACUGGCGAAACGCAAGUUAAAUUUGAUGAUGAUAGUGUCGGCGAAGCACUGACGAUAGCAAAUUUUCAUUUGAAAAAUACUGGAGAAGAAGACGAAAGGAUUUCGGAAACGCAAAAAUUACGACCGAACGGCUCUUCGGGCUCGAAUUUCUCAGCUGAUGGCGACGAACCUAGUGUUUCAAGUGGUGCAUAUCAUGCAAAUGCCUUUGCACACAGAAUGCUAUCUCCAUUUCUUUUUAAAGGCAAUAAUGAAUGGAGCAGUACUGAAAGUUCCCUGAAACUAGAUCUUCUUAUUAUGACUUGUCCACCGGAUCCCCGUCGUCUACGUGCCAGAUUCCGUUCAUCCGCCGAUCUAAUACAUCGUUUAUUUGUCUGCAUAUGUGGCGUUGCUGAUCAAUUACAAACAAAUUACCCCACUGACCUACGACGUGUGCUGAAGAUGAUUUUACAGCCGAACGAUGCUGUGCCAAUUUUUGAGAUAUCCGGAAAAACAGCGCCAAAUCCAGAAAACGAAGAGGAAAUGGGUGUAGAAGUGCAGGAAACACUUCCUUUACCUUCCCUUGUCGGUGUUCGCUGGGUACCAGAUAGUGAUUGUGAACAAUGCACGGCCUGUGGUGCGCAAUUCACGUUAGUCCGACGUCGUCAUCAUUGCCGCAAUUGCGGACGAAUAUUUUGCUCACGAUGCUCUGCCAACUCUUUACCACUUCCCGAAUUGGGUUAUGACAGAAAAGUUCGUGUAUGUAACUUAUGCUUUCUAUACAAAAUUAAUCCAUUUUCGCCUUGUACAGGUCAAUCGAACUCGUCACAAAAUCAUUCAAAUAAUGCAUUUAAUAACGCUGUUACUUCUACUGCAAGUGGUGAGUCUGUCAUUUACUGUGCUGAUUGA